AAUCUUUCUUAAUUACAGUAACUCCUUUUUCUUUCGGUUCUGGUUUUCUAUUUGCUCCUGGUGGCUUUUUGCCUGUGCAAGUGCAACCGUAAGACCAACGGGGGGCACUUCUGCAACCGGGCCACCACUCUCUACUGAUAUUUGAAAGCACCGUAAGGAUAAAGAAAUUAAGGAUGUUGUUCUCCAAAUUUCUCCUCCUCCUUGGGCUACUUGCACUUCCCUCCUUUUUCCUAGCACCGGCUUUUGCAGCCAAACAGUCCUAUAUUGUGUACAUGGGAGCACAUUCAAAUUCCCCACUUGUGGCAGCUAGUGCUACCGUUAGUCCAGGGGUCCAUAACGAAACUCACUGCCAGUUUCUUGCAUCUUUCCUGGGAAGUACUGAGAAGGCUGAAGAGGCAAUGUUUUACUCAUACACAAAGGAUAUCAAUGGUUUCGCUGCAACUCUUGACGAGGCAGAGGCAGCAGAAAUUGCAAAGCAUCCCAACGUGUUGUCCAUUUUCGUUAAUAAACCAAGACACUUGCACACAACCCAUUCAUGGGAGUUUAUGAUGCUUGAAAAAAAUGGCCUGGUUGAAGCACAUUCAUUGUGGGAAAAAGCCAAAUAUGGUGAAGAUAUCAUCAUCGCAAAUCUUGACACAGGUGUCUGGCCUGAAUCACAGAGCUUUAGCGACAAUGGUUAUGGGCCCAUUCCGUCGAAGUGGAAAGGGUCCUGUCAGAAUGACACCACAACCGGAGUCCCGUGCAAUAGGAAACUUAUCGGCGCUAAGUACUUCCUAGAAGGUUACAUUAAAGGUGGAGGCACAGCCCAGCCUGAAAUGCACUCAGCACGUGACUAUGAAGGCCAUGGAUCUCACACACUGUCAACGGCGGGUGGUAACUUUGUCCACGAUGCAAGUGUUUUGGGUGUGUUCAAUGGAACUGCAAAAGGGGGAUCACCUAAAGCUCGAGUAGCUGCUUACAAGGUGUGCUGGCCUAGUAUUAAUUUGCUCGGAGGAUGCUUCGAUGCUGAUAUAUUAAACGCCUUCGAAGCUGCCAUACAAGAUGGGGUAGACGUGCUUUCUCUGUCACUGGGUGGGACUGCGUCUCCGUACUUCAACGACGGCAUUGCGAUUGGAGCAUUCCAUGCUGUUAGGAAUGGCAUUGUUGUGGUAUGCUCAGCUGGGAACGAUGGACCUAAUCCAGGAUCUGUGUCAAAUGUUGCCCCCUGGAUCUUAACUGUUGCAGCAAGCACCCUCGAUCGUGACUUUGCAUCUUAUGUUCAACUCAAUAACGGGCUAAAAUUCAAGGGAGCUAGCUUGUCUAAGCCUUUACCAGGAAAUGGUUUCUUACCACUUAUAAGUGGUGCAGUGGCUAAGGCAGCCAACGCCUCAGAAACAGAUGCUUUGCACUGCAUGCAAGGAUCACUGGACCCAGAGAAGGUGAAGGGUAAGAUAUUGGUGUGUCUGAGGGGUGUUAAUGGAAGAGUGGAGAAAGGACAAGCAGCCGCUUUGGCGGGUGCUGCGGGAAUGAUCCUUUGCAAUGCCUUGUCCGACGGUAAUGGCCUCAUCGCCGAUCCCCACGUGCUUCCCACAUCUCAUAUCAACUACACUGCUGGUCUUGCUGUUUUUGCCUACCUGAAUUCUACCAGUGUUCCAUUGGGUCGUAUAGACGGUCCAAUGACAGAACUAAACCAAAAACCUGCUCCAGUCACGGCUUCUUUCUCCUCAAGGGGUCCAAACAAAAUAACUCCAGAGAUCCUCAAGCCUGAUAUCACUGCUCCUGGAGUAAAUGUUAUAGCUGCCUAUUCAGAAGCAGUAAAACUGGUCGAUAACCGCACAACUCCCUUCAUUACAGAGUCGGGUACUUCCAUGUCUUGUCCUCAUGUUUCGGGAGUUGUCGGCCUUCUUAAGAAACUCCAUCCCGACUGGAGCCCUGCUGCAAUAAAAUCAGCAAUCAUGACUACUGCAAGAUCCAGAGACAACACUGGGCAUACAAUGCUCGACGAGUCAACAUUCCUCAAGGCUACACCAUUGGAUUUCGGUUCCGGUCAUAUACAACCAACCCGUGCUGCAGAUCCCGGGCUAGUCUACGACUUAGGCAUCAACGAUUACUUGGACUUCUUGUGCGCCACGGGUUAUAACCGAAGCCUGAUCCAACUCUUUUCUCAGGCACCUUAUACCUGUCAAAACAACACUAACCUACUGAACUUCAACUAUCCUUCAAUAACCGUCCCUAACCUCUCUGGCUCGGUCACUGUGACUCGAACUCUGAAGAACGUGGGCCCACCAUCUACCUAUAUAGCCCGCAUUGUUAAGCCACCGAGAAUUUCUGUUUCCAUCAAACCCAGAAGUUUGAAAUUUCACAAGGUUGGUGAAGAGAAGAGCUUUAAGUUGACUUUAAAGGCUGAGAAAGCUGGAUUUCCAACGGACUACGUGUUUGGGGAGUUGAUAUGGGUAGAUAGCGGCCGCCACAGUGUGAGAAGUCCGAUUGUGGUUGCUUCAGGUGCUACAAACAAAUCAACAGCGGGAUAUAUUCAAGGAACUGUACAGAAUAUCGAAAAUCUGAUUUAGGCAAACUAUUGUUUUUGCUGAAAUAUCUUCUUUCUGUUUCUUUUUGGUCUUGGGCACUCUUGGUUGUUAGUUUUCAAAUAUAUCUUUUUAGAUAAGAGUGCUUUAUAGGUUUGCGUA